CUCAAUAUGCAGCAGGCUGCUGAGGCUAUAUAAGCUCAGGGCUCCAGGCCAGGUUUGAGAAAGGAGUAGGUUUGUCGGCGAGCUGUCAGCGUCCGUCUGCCGAGUCCCGCCGUGCCAUGGAGACCGCAGAGUGCUCGGAGAGCGGAGCCUGCGAGGGCGCGCGCUGCCGCCGCCAGCUGCCCGCAGCCCCCAACUGCUGGACGCGGCGCGGGGCCGCGGGCUCCGGAUCCGCAGGCUUCUGGAGACCUUGGGUUGACUCCCGAGGCGAGCAGGAGGCGGCCCCUCACCAAGCGGAAAAGGGGAUGCUCAAUGGCCCUGGAACGACCGAACCCUCUGGAAAGCUUUCACGAUACAGGCACCCAGUCAGACUAUUUUGGCCAAAAUCAAAGUGUUAUGAUUACUUAUAUCAAGAAGCAGAAGCUCUCCUGAAAAAUUUUCCCAUUCAAGCCACAAUUUCAUUUUAUGAAGAUUCUGAUAGUGAAGAUGAAAUUGAGGAACUGAUCUGUGAAAAUUAA